CCCAUGGCAGCACAAGCGAGCGCUAUCCAAAGAAUUCCCCCUCCAGGUUUUCCUAGGAACUCCAACUCCUAGCCACAUGACGGAAACAACCAAAAGAAAAUGCCGAGAAGCCAUGGGGUGGGCGGGGAGGGGGGCGAGGCAGGCCUUUCCCCGAAGGCGCUUCCCUCCGCGAAUUCCCGCUCCCUCUUAGAGCCGGGUAUUCCUUCCGCUUUCCCGCCGGUUUCUGUAGCGUUCCGGAGUUGAUUUUUUUCAUUCAUCCCUGUCCUUUUUCUUCUUCUCGUUUUUAAAUACUUAUUUAUGAGUGAGGUAUCCGUUUCCCGGGAAUCUCCCGCUCCCCUUAUCUCUUUCAUUCGUCACAAUUGCUGACUUCUAAUCCGAACGUUCUGACGGUUUCCUGGACCAGUCUUCCCUCCCCAACACCUAUCUAUGUCUCUAAUUUGUUAACUCCUUCUUUCUCUGACGAAGAGUCUAAUCCUCAACCUAGAUCAGCCUUUUUUUCCCUCCUUUCCUGUUGGGCUCUCUUUAACAAGGGUAGUUUGUUUUUAUAUAUAUCUCUAGUAGACGCAGGUCUGGCAUUUCAUAUUAUUUUUCUUUGGGGGUUUAUUGUUUGGUACAGUAUAGGCCAGCUUCGAGUUUCGGCGUAAUGUUUCUAAUUUGAGAUUGAAUUACACGAAGAUUGCUGUUAGCUAGACUGCUGCAUCUGGCAAUCUUUUUGUUGCGCCAUAGAAACUCUUAUUCACGAUUACUUAUCGGGGUUAUUUAUUCUCCAUAUAGUAUUCAUGUUCUUCUCGAGAUUAGCAGCUCCGUUCCUUUCUUGCAUUCGCUUCCUUAAAAUUCCUAUCCUAGUUCACCACCGCUACCAAAAGGUUUUUGUCCUAUGUUUAUUAGUCAAUCUCGUGAUAGUUCUGUAGGCCCAUUCGAAAUCAGGGCUACCGACUUACUGGUUUUAAAUGUUGGAAGUGUAUUGGUAUUCCUCAAGUUGUUCCUCGUACUUUGUGCCGGCUUUUCUUCCACGCGAUCGAAUUGAUCUAGGAGGAGAAAGGAAAUGUAGAAUUAGAGGAGCUCCCGGGGUUGCUCGAAAUGGUUUUCGAAGAAGAUUGAGAUGUCACGGUCUAAACAAGGAUAGCUCGAAGCUGGAUUACGAGUUUACAGAGCGAAUAUUGGACUCACAUAAGCAGAAAAUUGUCAAAAGAUUAUAUGAUGAAUUUGAAUUGGUUUCAGAUUUUAGAAAUUUCCGGGAAGACCCCAUAGUAGAGAAGUUAAGAACCCAAUUGGGAGAAAUUCACCCUAUACCAUCGCCACCGAUCAAUGGGCGAGUUGUUGGACUAUUCGUAGUUUUCUUUUUUGUGGGAGUUAUUUGUGAUAAGCUGUGGACCUCUAGAAAGAGGGAGAAAUUGACUCGUGAUUCUAGGUCAGGUAUAUGGCCUCAAGUUCCAACCAGUCUGUCAUUGUUUCUGGAGAAGGAUCUUCAAAGAAAGGAAUCAGUCGAAUGGGUGAACAUGGUUGUGGGGAAGUUGUGGAAGGUAUACCCAAGUGGGAUUGAGAACUGGAUCAUUGGAUUGCUUCAGCCCGUUAUCGACGAUCUCAAGAAACCUAGUUAUGUUCAACGGGUUGAAAUCAAGCAGUUUUCUCUUGGCGAAGAACCAUUAUCAGUUAGGAAUGUGGAGCGCCGAACUUCUCGCCGUCCUAAUGACUUGCAAUACCAUAUUGGCCUUCGGUAUACCGGUGGAGCUCGGAUGUUGCUGUUGCUCUCAUUGAAGUUUAGCCUCAUCCCCAUUGUUGUACCAGUUGGUGUUCGUCACUUUGACAUUGAUGGGGAGCUCUGGGUCAAACUAAGGCUUAUUCCUACAGAACCUUGGGUAGGGGCUGUAUCAUGGGCUUUUGUUUCAUUGCCAAAGAUAAAGUUUGAGUUGGCAGCAUUCCGUUUGUUUAAUCUAAUGGCCAUCCCGGUACUCUCAAUGUUCUUGACAAAACUGCUGACAGAAGAUUUGCCUCGAUUAUUUGUGCGCCCAAAGAAGAUUGUUCUUGACUUUGAGAAAGGGAAAACAGUUGGUCUUGUUCCCGAGGAUUUCAUAUCUGGUGAAAUACAUGAUGGGAACAAAGAUUUUGCUGGUGAACUUUCAGUAACACUAGUUGAUGCACAAAAGCUUCCCUACAUUCCAUUAGGGAAGACAGAUCCAUAUGUUGUGUUGACAUUGGGAGAUCAAGUAAUUCGUAGUAAAAAAAACAGCCAAACCACUGUAAUUGGGCCCCCAGGUUCUCCAAUCUGGAAUCAGGAUUUUCAUAUACUGGUUGUUGACCCAAGAGAACAGCGACUACGUGUGCAAGUGAAAGAUUCAUUUGGCUUCACAGAUUUCACCAUUGGAAGAGGGGAGGUUGAGCUUGCUUCCCUUAAAGAUACUGUUCCUACGGAUAAAGUGAUCCCCUUGAGAAGUGGCUGGGGGAUUUUGAAUAAAGGUUCAUCUGGAGAAAUAUUACUUCGCCUGACAUAUAAAGCAUAUGUGGAGGAUGAAGAGGAUGAUACCAAAGUGAAGCAAUUGGAAAAUUAUAUGUCCGAUGAUGAAAGUUUGAAUUAUGAAGAAGCUGAAGGCUUCUAUGGACCAGUAGAAAGAAAUUUUUCUGAUGGAACAGAACGAGAGUCUUUUAUGAAUGUUUUGGCUGCUUUGAUUGUGAGUGAAGAAUUUCAGGGAAUAAUGGCAUUUGACAGUGGAAAUAUGGGAUCAUCUGAGGAAGCUACUAAGACAGACACAAACAUGCAGAGGUCAUCUGGUCUUGGAUCCAAAGCUGAUGCUAUUGACCCUGAGAGCAGCUUCAGUGAUCCUGGAGGUUCAGAAAUAUCUUGGCUUGCUGUAAUUACGAGCAUCGCUGUCUUGAUUGCCUCUAGUGUGGAUGGCUCAAAUGUAUUUAAUCCUUGAUCACGGAACUUCCCGGGAACAACAAUUGGUGAAUUUCUUGGCCGGAGGUGGAUGGAUAUGUCAGCAGACAGCCUGCUCAUUCUGUCGGUCCGACAACAUGAAUGAUAGUUGUAUAGAACUGAUUUUUCCAGUGGAAGUUAUCAAUUUCAGAAGUUUUAUGUAUGCAUCUAGUUGUCAAUAUAUACAUAUACAUAUGUAUAUAUCUGCCAAUAUUUUUCCCCCCUCC